GUACCGGCGGGAGCAGCUUCCGUGCCUCCGCCGCUGCCACCACUGGGAGCAGCCCCGGUACUGCCGCCAGCUCUCCUUGCCGCCUCCAAGAAUAACCAACCAUGACCACGGAAUCUGGAUCAGACUCAGAGUCCAAGGACAAAGAGCAGGAUCAGCAAGAGAACCCUACACAGCAAGGGGCAGCUGAAACCCAGACACAGGACCAGCAGCAGCAGCAGCAGCCACCGAGUGAAGAGCAUCAAAAGGCUCUCGAGCAGUUCUCGGCCGUGGCAGCUCACAGCACACCUGUGAAGAAGGAGCAGGCCACAGACAAAGAGCAGGAGUUUGCUGCUGCUGGUGCCAAACAGCUGGAGUACCAGCAGCUGGAGGACGACAAGCUCUCGCAGAAGUCAUCGUCGAGCAAACUGUCCAAGUCUCCUCUGAAGAUUGUCAAGAAGCCGAAAAAUAUGCAGUGCAAAGUGACCCUCCUGGACGGAUCAGAAUAUGCCUGUGAGGUCGAGAAACGUUCCAGAGGUCAAGUCCUGUUCGACAAAGUCUGUGAGCACCUGAACCUCCUGGAAAAAGACUACUUUGGGCUGACCUACAGAGACACAGAAAACCAAAAGAAUUGGUUGGACCCUGCCAAGGAAAUCAAGAAGCAGAUCCGAAGUGGUGCUUGGCAGUUUGCAUUCAAUGUGAAGUUCUACCCUCCAGACCCUGCACAGCUAUCUGAAGAUAUUACCAGGUACUACCUCUGCUUGCAGUUGAGAGAUGACAUUGUGUCAGGUCGGCUGCCCUGCUCCUUUGUCACCCUGGCCUUGCUGGGCUCCUACACAGUGCAGUCGGAGCUGGGGGACUACGACCCCGAUGAGUACGGCAGUGACUACAUCAGCGAGUUCCGCUUUGCGCCCAAUCACACGAAGGAGCUGGAGGACAAGGUGAUCGAGCUGCACAAGAGCCACAGGGGAAUGACACCUGCAGAGGCCGAGAUGCAUUUCCUGGAGAAUGCCAAAAAGCUCUCAAUGUAUGGAGUAGAUCUGCAUCAUGCCAAGGAUUCUGAAGGAGUGGAGAUCAUGCUCGGAGUUUGUGCAAGUGGACUCUUAAUAUAUCGAGACAGGCUCAGAAUAAACAGAUUUGCCUGGCCAAAGGUGCUCAAAAUUUCCUACAAGAGGAACAACUUCUACAUCAAAAUCCGACCAGGGGAGUUUGAGCAGUUUGAAAGCACCAUCGGGUUCAAGCUGCCAAAUCAUCGUGCUGCAAAGCGUUUGUGGAAGGUGUGCGUUGAGCACCACACGUUUUUCAGACUCUUGCUACCAGAAGCACCUCCAAAGAAGUUCCUGACGCUGGGCUCCAAGUUCCGCUACAGCGGGCGGACGCAGGCGCAGACGAGGAGAGCCAGCGCCCUCAUCGACCGGCCCGCGCCCUACUUCGAGCGCUCCUCCAGCAAACGCUACACCAUGUCUCGCAGCUUAGAUGGGGCAUCAGUGAAUGAAAACCAUGAAAUGUACAUGAAGGAUUCUGUGUCUGCUGCAGAGGUUGGUACUGGCCAGUACACUACAACAAAGGGCAUCUCUCAGACCAACUUGAUAACCACUGUGACUCCGGAGAAAAAGGCAGAAGAGGAGAAAGAUGAUGAAGAAGGCAAAAAGAAAAGAGCAGAGGAAGUCACUCCGAUUUCAGCGAUACGUCACGACACCAAGCCAUCUUUGCUUGGCACUGACCCCCCCAACCCCUCACCAUCCUCGCUGCCUGGCCCCCCAGUAUCUUCUCCAGCAAAGCUCCGCAGGAGAUGCAAGGAGAGCGCUCGGACCAAGGCUGUAGGUUCUGAGGUGCCCAAGCAGAGCUCUCCAAAAGCCGGCAAGCCGGAGCCAGAGCCUGACCGGAAGGGGCGAGUUUGCUCCGCCGAGCAAGACGUACCUUUCGCCUGCAGGCAGAAGCCCAGCAAAGGCGGGACGCUCUUCUCCUUCUCCUUGCAACUCCCCGACUCCUUUCCCUCCCUCUUGGAUGACGAUGGCUACCUGUCUCUCCCCAACCUCUCCGAAACCAACCUCCUGCCCGCCAGCGUGCAGCACUACCUCCCCAUCCGCUCCCCAUCCCUGGUGCCUUGCUUCCUCUUCAUUUUUUUCUUCCUGCUCUCUGCCUCUUUCUCAGUGCCAUACGCCCUCACUCUCUCCUUCCCUCUGGCUAUGUGCCUCUGCUACCUGGAGCCCAAGGCGGCCUCCUUGAGUGCCUCACUUGCCAAUGACCUGAGUGACAGUUCAGAGGAAGAGACUGACAGUGAGCAGACGGAUACCGCGGCCGAUGGUGAGACCACUGCCACCGAGUCGGAUCAAGAGGAAGACGGAGACCUGAAGGCGCAGAAUAGUCUGAUUAAGCGAAUAGAGGGUGAAAAUGUGUAUGUCAAACAUAGUAAUCUUAUGUUAGAGGACCUAGACAAAACCCAGGAAGAUCUGAUGAAACAUCAGACCAAUAUAAGCGAGCUGAAACGCACCUUCUUGGAAACCUCCACAGAAACAGCUGUGUCUAACGAGUGGGAGAAGAGGCUUUCCACAUCUCCUGUGCGGCUCGCAGCGAGGCAGGAGGAAGCUCCUAUGAUUGAACCACUAGUGCCUGAAGAGACCAAAGAAGAAACAGAAAAGUCAGAGAAACUCAUAUUUUUGCAGAAGGGAGGUACUACACUCAUUGAACUGCAGCCAAGUGAGAUAGAGAAGAAGCUGCAGGAAGGAGAAUCCGCUGGCACUUGGGUUGCUUCUCAUCAAAUCAUUAUCCAGAAAAGUAUCCCAUCAUCCCUAGAGGGCACUGAGGAUUGGGUUAUUAUAGACAAAAUACCCUCUGAGGUAGUUGAUGGUGAAGCGAGACAGAAUCUGACGUACAAAGUAGUGACUGUCAGCAGUAAAACUGCCUUUCCAGACGAGAUAUUAAAGCCCAGUGCUGUUCUAACACAGAGCUUUGAGGACUUGGAAAGUGAAAUCCAAUCCAAAGAGGAGAAUAAGCAGAAAAUGUUCACCCUAGGAAAGUCCUAUGAUACCGUGUCCGGGAAAAUCGUAACCAUGACAAGUAAAGUGAAAGAGGGCGAGAAAGUGGCGUCAGGAGAAGCACUGCAGAAAAUGGGAAGGGAAGACCAAGAACGAGUGAAAACCAUUCCGGUAGCAGCCGAGUAUGAAAUCCUGGAGCCCAUAGCUGCUGAGAAAAGCAGGAGGGGAUCUGACGUGCAGAGCACCAAAAGAAAGCUCUCCGACUCCCUGACCCCUAUAAAGGAAGCAGCAUCGCAGCUGCCAAGUCCCGAAGAGGAGAACUCAAAGAAGACCCUGAAGAUGGAGCAGGACUGGCAGUUACGUGGCGCACUGGGAAGCAGGCAGCUUGCCAAAGCUGAGAAGUGCCCUGGCAGUGAAGCUGCAAAGGUUGGGGUGUUUGCCCGGAGAGAGCAGAGCCUGUCUGAGCGGAGAUACUCCAGAGAGCGGCCAUUUACCAUUGCUACAGCUCACUAUGUUACUGAGUCGUCUGCCUUAAAAGUGGUGACUAAACAGUUCACCAGUGAAAAGGCCUUGGAUGGGUCCGAUAUCUUCACUUUAAUAGAGUCCGCCCGGAAACCGACUGAGUUCAUAGGAGGGGUCACCUCGACUGCACAGAGCUGGGCUCAGAGAAUAGACACGACAACAUCUCAGGAGAAGACUUCCAGUGAAAUGAAACAAGAGACUCAGCCACAUCAGGAUGCAGUGAAGACGGUGGUAGAGGAGACUGUAGUGAUCAAGGAGAGCCGUGGGAUGGAUGUGCACGGGAGUGGAGAUGCUGCCAAAGCUGCCGGGCUGGCGCUGGAUGCUCAGGCUGCAGUGGCUGCCGGCGUGAAGGGGAAGGAGGGAUCUGCUGGGACUGAGGGGACCAAGGAGGAGAAAAGGGACAAGGCUGAGAAAGCCCUGACCAAACGAGAAGGUGCUGCAGCUUCUUCAAGUCAGCAAGCACAGGAGCACAGUACAACAGUCCACCUGUCAGAGUCUUUGGAAAGAAAACAACAUUUUGAGUCACCAGUUGUGAAGACUGAGACUAUCAGUUUCAGCAGCAUUCCUGCUGGUGGGGAAAACCUUGAAAUCUCAACAAAGGAAGUGCCAGUUGUCCAUACAGAAACAAAAACCAUAACUUACGAGUCUUCUCAGGUGGAUUGCAGCGCUGACUCAGAGCCAGGGGUGCUGAUGAGUGCACAAACCAUCACAUCUGAAACCACCAGCACUACAACCACUACACAUAUCACCAAAACUGUGAAAGGAGGCAUCUCAGAGACCAGAAUCGAGAAGCGAAUAGUCAUCACAGGAGAUGCUGACAUCGACCACGAUCAGGCGCUGGCUCAGGCAAUUAAAGAAGCCAAAGAGCAGCACCCUGACAUGUCAGUGACCAAGGUAGUGGUACAUAAAGAGACAGAAAUCACACCAGAAGAUGGGGAGGAUUGACCACAGGAAUAACCUGGAUUGCCCUGUGAAUCCAGUCACGCCCACCUGCAGGAAUGCGAGAGCCCACGCGGAGUCUCAGUUCCAACCUGCCUGACUUGUAUCUGUCUCUGGAAAACAAAACAAAGCAAAACAAAACAAAACAGCAAGAAUUCCCACGCGGAAGAAUUGAUCUUGACCAUUAACAAAGAAACUUGGCAGCGCUCCCUUCCCAUAGAAAGCAAUCCGAAUCAGCAGCAGCUAAACAGUAUUGCAUGAAGCAACAGUUUAAAACAAAAACCAAACCCAAACAUUGCAGAGAAGCAGCGUUUUUAAUUUUUCUUCUCAGUUUUGAGCUAGACCUGCACGUUCAUUAAACAAAACGAACCAACACCCCCCCUACACCAAACAAAAGCAAACUACGAACCCUGAGCUCAUGUAAAACACAUCCAGCAGCUCCAUGCCUUUUCAGUUUCUGAGCGCCUAAACAGAUCUGCGUUAGAGGCAAGCCUUUUGUUUACGGAUGUUGUCCAAUGAAGAUUACCCCUCCCCCCGCCGCCCACCCCCACCUCAAAAUGCUAGAAGCUGUCUAGGUCCUCUGUGUAAUGUUCCACCACACGUUAGAUGUGCCAAUAACGCCGUUUAAUUCAGUAAAAGCAAACUUGAAUCUUCUCUUUGUUCCAUCUGGUUUUGUUACUGCCCGACAAACGAGGACGAACCUCUCCUCUUCAGCACUUACAAAGUGUGCUUCGUAUACCUUUGACUGAAUUACCUUAUCAGGUAGUAAUGAUUUUAGUGUGUUAAUGAUUUCUGUCAGCAUCAUUCAGAGUCAGCUUCCAGCACCCUUUCACAGAUCCUAACCUUGUAAAUGAUAUGUAGUUAUUUUGGAGAAGACAAAUAAGAAUUAAGAAAGAAAAAAGAGAAAUAAUAACAAAUCUGUAUUUUACUUAGUUCGCAGCACUAAGAGAUGAUUAAUCUGAAAUAACCACAGAUAGUUUUUGUAUUGAUUUCCCUUUUUUUCUUCUCAGAGGAAAACGAAACAACAACAACAAAAAUCUGUUUGAGAAUCUGGUCAGAAUUUACUUACCUAGUUCAGAGUCAAGCCUUAACCUGUACAGAACGUCCACUGAAACCUCGUUAGUGUCCAGCUCUGGUGCCCACCGAAGGGAUUAAGUGUCCAUUACACUGUCAGCUGCAUCACAACACACAUGGUGAAUGUAUGUUUCAGCAUAGUGAAAUAAAAGUGGAAAACGCACCCAAAAUCGUACUGUUCUGUGUCUAAAAGCACCCACUGGGUUUCCACCUUCAACACCUCGUUUGUAAGACGCACCCCGCCCACGUUUUAACUCAUCUUGCACCCCAGGUGUGUUUUGUAUUCAGCGGCUGCUGCUGCCCUCUGCAGGCAGUUGGAGGUAGAGGAGCACCCGAAGGGAUGAUGAUGGAGGGAUGAAGGUGAUGUUUGCAAAAGGUAGCUGGUCCCUUCUCUUUCCCCUGGCUGUGCAGCACCUCGCCAAAGCUCGAGGAGGAGGUCUGUGGUUGCUCAGACAGUGACGGCCAGUAGCACUCGAUCCAGAUCCUCUCUUUUCGUGCCGAUGCUUGGAAAUGCGGAUCAGCCUCUUUGCCAAGCAACACCUCCUGCUCUGUUCCUUCUCAUUCCUCCUUUGCCACAUUUCAUUGGCACUCUCCUGCUUGCUGGAGAGAAAUUGGUCACCAUUCACUCACCCUUCAGUCGGUGUUUCCCAGCAGGAUGGAAAAAAUGGGUACAAGCAAACACUUCAGGACUUAGAGGGCCAGCUUGGCCCUUUCUUGUUUACACGAGGCUCCCUCACGCUGAAGUCAAUGGGUUUGGCUUCAGUGGAAGGCAGGACUUGACCCAGUGACCUGUUAAUAAAUGCUUAUUUUCUUAAUUUAAAAAAGAAAAAGUAGUAUAUGUAGAGAGAGUAACCUGUAGGUAAUAAAAGCUAACACCCCAAGGCUUCUAAUGCUCUGCCCUUAGUCUUUCAGCCAUCUCUCUGGCACCAGCCAUUCUUCGUACCUCGAAUCCAGUCUGCUUACUACCUAACUCCCUGCCAGUGCUUCCCUCUCACCUACCGAUCACAUCUGUCCUCAUCUUUGGCUGGCCUCUCUUCCUCCUAGUCUAACAACAGCUCUGCCCUCAGCUCCCUCAGUGAUGGGCUCAGCUCCCUGGUGCUGCCAGGGCUGCAGAAGUCCUCACCAUUUCUCAGCAGGUGCCACACCAGGUUCCCCCUUAUUGCAUCAGGAGUUCCAAACUAGGCUGUGAAGCCAUACUGGUCUUCCUUCCCUCAGGUGCCCCCUCAUGUUGUCAGCUGAGGAGCAGCCAUGUAUUACCUCAGAGAAGUGUGAGCCUUCUCUCCAGGGUUAGCGUCCUAUUUUAGCAUGGCUUGAGGAGAUCGCCCUGUGGUGGUGCCACACAGCACAUUCGCUGCCUAAAGAUGUUGUAUCCUACAGCUUAAGUCUCCUUGGAAAGGAUGCUCUGGGCCAAAGCGUUUGCAGACAAUGAGGAGAUGAGAAUGGACAGGCAAGGACAUCUUCUCGGUGCCACUGCUGGCAGCAGACCCGUGUUUGGGGGAUGGUCCUGGAAGAGAUAGCUUUGGGUUUUCUGUUACCAACUGUUUAUUGGGUUGUCUGCCUAAUGCUGUGCCACAUGAAAUAAAGAAUACCUGCCUGUUUCUACCAACUA